CCUCGCUCUCGCCCUCGCCUGUCUGCAGCCUGCCCCCUGAUGGCUCGCCAAGCGCAGACUCCUGGUCUUUUCUGAUCUCAACCACCGCUCCAGUUUGGUGUGGUUUGGCAACUUUGGGCUUGGUUCUCGAGCAUGGGUAGUCGAGGGAUAUCCCGAACCCGGACAGGGCUGUUAACGACGCUCUUCUUUUCUUAUACCUCUAGGGUGUCUGCACUGCCCCUCUUCGACCUUUUCCGCGUCGUCCCAAUCGCAACUCUUCCUAUUCUAUUUGCCCAGUCAUUCCUUUACGGUCAUUUUAAUCUCGCUUUAUCUUCGACUAUAUACUGGGAGCUGGCUCUCCUCUUCAUCAAAGCCAGGCUUCGCCGAUCACCAAACGAGUUUGUUUCUGUGUAUUCCUUCUUGCAUAGUACAACUCUCAACACUCAUUUCCCGCAGCCCGUUCACCGAUUUAGCACUUACUAGCACUUAAGGAUACUCCAAAGUAUACCCACUUCCUCAUCGCGAGGCAUCGUUGCCCAAUCUCGUUUCACCGGGAACACUACACAAACUCUACCCAUUCCUUACACCUCCGAGCAGCCCUACUCCGUAGUCCAGUAGAGUAGAACAUAUUGAGUUACAUAUCCUCCGAUAUUACCACGUCUGGUAUGUUACAACCUUCUUUCACAGCCUUUUGAAAAGUCCACAUAUCCCAGUUAGUGGGGCCUCCUCCUCUGCCGUUUUGCCAUCCAUCUUCUUCCGAAAGUCUUAGACUCAUCAUCGCUGACGACGUUGAUCCAGGCCGGAUUAUAAUAACUAUACGACCGGCGACACCUCGUCAUGGAGAACUCCAGUCAGGCACAACUGUAAGAGUUUCCAUAUAUGGAUUUCGUCUAGCAUACUUAGCGUACUUACACUAUUCAUAGUCGCCAACAGAUUCAGACACCUUCCUUUACAUUCAACCCAAACAACAAAUUCAGACGAGACUAUCCACCUCGAUCCUUUCCUUCAGUUACAAUGAAUCCUAACGAACUAUCAAUGAAGUCAGAGCCACAGGGGAUGGGAAUGUGGUCUUCACCUACCCCACCAGUAACGCGGCCCCGACCAGCAACUAUUCAUGAGUCGGCAUUUCCACUCAACUAUUGUAUGCCAGAGGAGUUUGGUCAACUGCCCGCAUGGGACUCAUCGACCAUGCCCACACAGCCAAUCCACGAUGGACUACCUCAGACAUACGCAGUUCAACAAGAGUUCUACCCAAACACUUCCAAUGGUGAGAGUAAGUUCAUGUGGAACGAAAGGGAAAACAAAGAUGUGAAUUAUCAUCUGACUUCGAAUCCAGAUGGUUGGCAAACCAAGACGUGUGGUGACGAAGGACUCGAAUUACACCACUUUGAUACCGAUAUGAGAGAUAUGAACAUCGGCCAGGCGUUCUCAACCGACGAGGCUCCGAUUUUGGACUUGAGAUUUCCCGGCCCUGGAAUGGAAAGUGACCGUAUAAGCAUGGAUCACUCAUACAGCUCUCGUCGCAUGUCUGGCUCAUCAUUCACCAUGUCGACGACUGGGGCCCUAUCUGAAAUGCCUUCCUAUGAAGACUUCGCGGCAACACUUUCAGAGGCUCCUUCCUUCAGUUCAGAUUAUCCACCACCAUCAAACCGCAACUCUCUGAUGUCCUCCACUCAACUCUCGCCUGUCGCUUCACCAAGAAUGACUCCUCAAAACCGCUCCGAACUUGUUCGCACGCAGAGCAGAGGCCGUGCCUCUCCGUCACCUAGACCGAGCAUGCGCUCAGCACCAUAUACUAUGGUCAGUACGCGCAGCAAGAGAUGGUCUACAGGAUCCUGCGCAACAAUGCCUAGCCGGAGGCCAUCACCUUUCAUCUACCAUUCAGGACACGAGGUUUUUACACCCCACCAACCUCGUAUGUCGUCGAGACAUUCUUCUCCAACUUUACCGAACGCCCAACUACCUUUGAACACCAUGAACCUUCAAACCCAACAACAUCCUUUCAUGUUGGCCAACAAUACGGGAUUUCAUCGCAAUAGCAUGCUUCUGCCCUCGCACAAUUUCCAUGAGCCAAACCAAUUCGAAACGCCGCCUCCACUUCUCUCACAUGGACUUUUCCGGAUGUUGCAAAGCAAUGCUGACCCACACUCCUUACACGCUCACUAUACGGACCUUAGCGACCCCCCAGAUCUCUAUGCAUCACUUCACGAAGAACAAGUGCCUCCGCCGCCGGAGGACAUGAAUCCAUCUGACCCAAAUCUCACUCCCCACGAGCAGGAACUCCGCUUCGAUGGCGAUCUCUACACACCAAGAUGGGUUCGUGGUCAUGGGAAUAAGCGAGAGGGAUGGUGUGGAAUUUGCAAGCCAGGACGUUGGUUGGUGUUGAAAAACAGCGCCUUCUGGUACGAUAAAAGUUUCACCCACGGCAUCAGCGCAGCAACUGGUAGUCCCUUCCAAGAGCCCCAGGAAUCUCGCCGCAUGGAUGGAAAUCCAGAUGUGUGGGAGGGUCUGUGCGGCAGUUGUAACGAAUGGGUUGCACUUGUGAGCAGUAAGAAGGGAACGACCUGGUUCAGACAUGCGUACAAAGUAAGUUCAACUGUUGAUUCUACUCCAAUUGUUCCUCUUCUGGGAACUAUAUUACGCCUCAGUUUGCUAACAUAGUUUUUCUUCGUCAAAGUGCCACACACAUCCAAAAAUCAAGGAUGCUCCCAAACGUCGUCGCGAGUCAUCUCAUACUCGUGCGUUGGGCGCUUCCGCGAUGGCCAAACCCAAAGUCGAACCUCCGAUGACGCCUCAGAUGACACCCUCCUCCAGUGUGGUGAGUACGCCCAUGCCGGGAAGUAUCUUACAGCAAGGACGACCAACGCCCAGCUCCCAGACGCAGGCCCAGAUCAAUCGGAAGGCCAUCAUCAAUCCUAUGGAGGGCUUAAGUGGAAUGAUAUGAUGACGACUCCUCUCAAAACCACUCCAAACAAAAAUAACCGAUUACGAAUUCUCUUCUGUCUUCGAAUUUUCAUCGCGCAAGUGGAAGCCUUGGUUAUCUUGCGAAUCACGAGAUCCAAACUCCACUCCUUGUGUUUCUUUCAUCUGUCAUUGGCGGGGGGGGGAGGGGGAACUUGGGAUCUGGUCAGGCUUUUCAUCCGGGCAUAGCGAAAUUGGGUUCUUGUGAAUGGUGUCAAAAGGGGAUUUUCCAUAAAAGGAGGAAGGGGCGGACGGGGGGUUGGGAUUUUUAUUACGCAUAAUUGGCGCUACAAUCGUUCUUCUCUUUUUUAGAUCUUUUGUUUCUUGUUUUUACUUUCUUUUUUUCCCCUCUUUUUUUCUCUUUUCACUCUCUUGUUGUUCACCUUCCUUUUCAGCCCCACUUUAUCCAACAAAACAAACACUACAACAGAGCAACAUGAUUUUACGAGCGGGAACCCCUACCAAAGUCGUUUUUUUUUGAGCGUUGGCCGUUGAGGGAGUUGGAAGUCGGUGGGAUACAUAUAUAGAAGUUAGGGAAGCAGGGAAGAAUGUAAUUCGGCAGGCUCGAUGAAGAGGAGGAACCAAAAGAUAUGCAGUUCAGCUUAGUCGCACCUCACUGGUUUUUUAUACCCCGGGCGAUUUCUAUUGGGUAGAUAGUCUAAUGAAUGAAAUUGAGAAGAUAU